AUGACGACAGUUUCUGCUGGCACCCCUUGCUACAAUUAUACUUUUGAAAGGCUUACCACGCAAGACGAACUUAAAGCCAUUGAGAUACCAUCCAGCGUGUUACCAGCUCAAAAUGUUGAAUACUGCGCCCAUCAUUGUGCCGAGGAUGACAAGUGUGUUUCAGUAUCGUAUCAUGGGGACCAAUGUACUACAUACAGAUCAUCUCUGUCUUCGUCGGGGAUUACUGUCUCAGGAUCCAGAUCCUACAUCAAACAAGGAGCUCUGCCCAGUGAGGAUCCGUGUCCCCUGUCUCAAGGCUACACGUCUGUCCUCUACCCCCGUGUCUGUUACAAGCUAUACAAUACCCAGCCUUGGAAGACUUGGGCAGAAAGCCAGGCUCGGUGUCAGAGUGACGGUGGACGUCUCAUCAUCUUGAACACGACAGAGAAACACGACUACAUUGCUGCCCUCAUGACUCAGACGUCGUCUACAUAUGGGGCGCUUAUUGGACUGCUGACGACUAGCUCAACCAGCUAUUCCUGGACCGAUGGAUCGACCUUUCUCCGGGAAGGAUCAAAGGAUCCAUCUUCAUUCAACAGUGGAUGUGCAUACCUGACUGAAGAUAAAGUAAGGACCACUUCGUGCUCAAAUCAAGGGUGGUCGUUGUGUGAGGUUGUCUGACGCUUUAGCGGAAAGAGGAAAGAAAAUCUUCUUGGCUUUGACUCUUUUAAAAAGCACAAACAAUAACUUCUUUGUGGCGUGAUUAUUCUAGGAAGUAUUCUACUAUGUGUUGGUAAUAGCUUCUGAAGCACUGUUGGAACUUAUAAAUAGAGCCUAUGUUUUCAUGCCUCACUUAGGGGAUUGUUCCAAAUC